ACCACGCCUUACUUGGGCCCCGCCUUGAGGCGGCAGGACCCUAAGGCACCUCCCGCAUUCCUCUCUGGACUGUUGUACUCAUGGCCACCUUCGAGGAGGUGAGCGUGCUGGGCUUCGAAGAGUUCGACAAGGCAGUGAAGGAGCAUCAGGGCAAGACCAUUUUCGCCUACUUCAGUGGUUCUAAGGAUACUGAAGGGAAGAGCUGGUGUCCGGACUGCGUGGAAGCUGAGGCAGUCAUCCGAGAGGGGCUGAAGCAUGUCACUGAAGACUGUGUGUUCAUCUACUGCCAAGUAGGAGACAAACCUUACUGGAAAGACCCAAAUAAUGACUUCAGACAAAAACUGAAAAUCACUGCAGUGCCUACACUACUUAAAUAUGGAACACCUCAAAAACUCGUGGAGUCUGAGUGCCGCCAAUCCAACCUCGUAGAGAUGAUCUUCUCUGAAGACUAAGAUUUGAUGACCUUGCCAGCCUGUGGUGGCCCAUGCCUUUAGUCCCAGCACUCGGGAGGCAGAGGUGGAGACAGAAGCAGCUGGAUCUCUUUGAGUUUGAGGCCAGCCUGGUCUACAAAUUGAGUUCCCGGACAGCAGGGGCAGCACAGCAAAACCCUGUCUGGAAAAAACAAAAAAGCCUAAUGAUUGCAAUUUUGUAUUGACUGUCUGGUUCCUUUACAAGAAGCCACAUAAUUUCUUUGAUGAGUAAAUGAGUAAAUCAGUGUAUGUCUAAACAAUAAAGAAUUAAAAUAUAAACCUCUAA